AUGUUCGUUCGCCGAUUUCACGCGCAGUCACGCAACAAACUUUCUGCUCACUGUUCUGUGCAGCGGCCUCCUCUCAUCCAACGCGGUCGCAUAUAUUUUUUCUUUCUUUGCUCCCCCCGCCCGCAUUUCUACGAUCCACAGGCUAAAAGGAAAAAUAUUUUUGUGAAACUUACCGCCGCCACAAAUACCGGCGGGUCUGCAAUGGUCGGACCUUUCUUGCUCCCGUUCUAUUCUUCACGGUUGCGGUGCGCCCUCGGAUGCCACAGCGGCGUAAAGGCAAAGCGCGGUUUAAAUUGGAAGAAGUGA